UGCUUUGUUGCACGUGUUCGGUAUUUUUCCAAAAACAACAUAUGCUCCUGUUUAUACAGCUUCUCCGACAAGCUGGAUUUGAAUUACAAGAUCUAAGCAGCUGAUUUCAAGUUACAAAGGACUUGAAGACACGGAAAACUGCGAGGAUUGUCAAGAAGCCAACUCGAGGAACAAAUAUAUGUCCUGCCACCGAAACAGGAGAUGAAGAACAAGGGAGAAAGGCGUUAAGAGAGUUCCUGUCAAUUUUACAUUAAGACGGGGUUCUACUCUAAAGCAGAAGUCUUGGCAGUAGUAGGAGAAAAAUCCUCUGAAACUAUGUCCGAGAAGGCCUGGAGAUGCCACGGCUGUGUAUUUUUAACAGAAAAGGUUGGGAAAGAGCUUGGCUGGAAGCUAAAGCUUCGAGGUCGCAGCACGGCUUUGGAUGCUUAUCUGCAUCAUAGGCUAAUAAACCUGCAAGGCAAUGGUAAUAGACAGUCUACUUCUCAGCGUUCAUAAUUAACUUUGUUGUACAAAUGAUGAUUCUUUUGUGGCUGAUUUGGAAAUUUAAAAAACAGUUACACCGCCGGAAUCAUCCUUUUUAAUAGUUUUCUGCACUUCAUCCACCAGGUUGCUCCAAAAUCCAAGUAAUUACAUUCAAUCGCUGAGUGAUGCUAUUACAGAAUUGGCUCGCCAUGUUGUUCAUAAGUACUUGAAGGAAGCAGAGCUGUAAAAUAAUACUCAUACCGUUUAAUGAGCAUUAUGAUCCAUUUCACAAGCCAACGCUGCUUCUGGGAUGGCUGUGCAUGACGACUGCAAACUAAGGUUCCUGGAUCUGAAGGCGAAAAGAACCUUCAGAUUUGUUGUUUUCAAGAUUGAAGAGAAACAAAAGCAAGUUGUUUUUGAAAAGGUGGGCGAGCCAGCUUCAAGUUAUGAUGACUUUGCUGCAAGUCUUCCUGCUGACGAAUGUCGCUAUGCUGUUUAUGAUUUAGAUUUUGUGACUGCGGAGAAAUUUCAGAAAAGCAAAAAUAAUCUUCAUUGCAUGGUAAACCAAAGUCAUUUAGGUUGGCGGCUUCAAUUGAUAAUGUUAGUAGCUGUUGUUAUCGCACACAAGACACUUGAAAGUGACACUUUUUUCGUGACUCCUUUGAGAGGGUCGGUGGGAUUGAUGCCUUCUCAAAAUCACACCGCAAUUGAAUUAGCUGGAAUGGACAGACCUGCUCUACUGUCUGAAGUGUGUGCAUUUCUCACUGACCUUCACUGUAAUGUGGUGAAUGCCGUGAUAUGGAUGCACAAUGCUAGAGCUGCAGCUGUGUUUCAUGUCACUGAUGACUCAAUUGGAUGUGCUAUUGAAGACCCAAAACAGCUCUUAACAAUCAAGGAACUCCUUCGAAAUGUUCUUAAAGGAAGUAGUGACUUGAAGACGACCAAGAUGACCCUUUCACCACCUGGUGUCACGCGCAGGGAGAGAAGACUACGUCAAAUUGUGUUUGCUGAUCGGGACUAUGAAAUAACUGCAAGUUCUAGAGAUGGGAAAAAUGAUGAGAAGAGUUCAAGACCACGUGUAAAUAUAGGUAAUUGCAUUGAGAAGGACUACACUGUGAUAACUAUGAAGUCAAAGGACCGACCUAAGCUUCUGUUUGAUACGCUUUGCACUGUAACUGACAUGCAGUAUGUAAUCUUUCAUGGUGUGGUUCACACUGGGAGGCUGGAAGCUUACCAGGUAAAAAUAUAUCCUGGAGAUGUAAGAUAUAGACAAGUUGGACUUUAGGCAAGGACUUGGGAUUGUUAAUAUUGUCAUUCAUGUGUUUGUCAUGUAUUUCAAUGCCUGCUUAUUGAGUUCACUUGACAAGUUGAGACAAAUAGAAAAAAAUAUUGUCUUAGCUUUGAA